CCUAUAAAACCAAUCUCACUCAUGUGAUAACAUUCACUUCACUAGUGUUAUUUGGAAGAUGAUGAUGUUGGAUUCUCAACAUGAAUGGUUCAUGUUCAUGUUUUUCUUCUCUUUUUUUGUUGUUGGUUUAGUUAAUGGGAUUGAAGUGCAUGAAACGGUGCGUUUUGAUACUGGAGGGUUGAGUAGAGAAGUGUUUCCUAAAGGGUUUGUGUUUGGAGUGGCAACUUCUGCUUAUCAAGUUGAGGGUAUGGCCCACAAGGAUGGUCGUGGCCCUAGUAUUUGGGACGUUUUCAUCCAAAAACCCGGGAUUGUCGCAAAUAACGGCACAGGAGAUGUUUCUGUUGAUCAGUAUCAUCGAUACAAAGAAGAUAUAGAUCUAAUGGCAAAGCUGAAUUUUGAUGCCUAUCGAUUUUCAAUCUCGUGGUCCAGAAUUUUUCCAAAUGGAACUGGCAAAUUAAAUUGGAAAGGUGUAGCAUACUACAACAGAUUAAUCGAUUACUUGCUAGAAAAAGGCAUUACUCCUUAUGCAAAUCUCUACCAUUAUGAUCUUCCUUUAGCUCUUGAGCUGAGAUACAAAGGUUUAUUAAGCUAUGAUGUUGUGAAAGAUUUUGCAGAUUAUGCAGAUUUUUGUUUCAAGACAUUUGGAGACAGAGUGAAAAAUUGGAUGACAUUUAAUGAACCAAGAGUUGUUGCUGCUCUUGGCUAUGAUAAUGGUUUCUUUGCACCUGGAAGGUGUUCAAAAGAAUAUGGAAAUUGUACUGCUGGAAAUUCAGGAACUGAGCCUUACAUUGUUGCUCACAAUUUGAUUUUGUCACAUGCUGCUGCUGUUCAAAGAUAUAGAGAGAAAUAUCAAGAAAAGCAAAAGGGUAGGAUUGGAAUUCUCUUGGAUUUUGUUUGGUAUGAGCCUCUUACAAGAUCAAAAGCUGACAACUAUGCUGCCCAAAGAGCUAGAGACUUUCAUGUUGGAUGGUUCAUUCAUCCCCUUGUUUAUGGUGAAUAUCCAAGAACUAUGCAAAAUAUUGUUGGGAAUAGACUUCCAAAAUUCACUAAGGAGGAAGUUAAACUUGUGAAGGGGUCUAUUGAUUUUGUUGGUAUCAAUCAGUAUACUACUUACUAUAUGUAUGAUCCUCAUAAAUCAAAACCUAAAGUCCCUGGCUAUCAAAUGGAUUGGAAUGUAGGGUUUGCUUAUGCAAAGAAUGGAGUACCUGUUGGACCAAGGGCAUAUUCAUAUUGGCUUUACAAUGUUCCAUGGGGCUUGUACAAAUCAUUAAUCUACAUCAAGGAGCAUUAUGGAAAUCCAACUGUGAUCUUGUCUGAAAAUGGCAUGGAUGACCCUGGUAAUGUAACAUUUUCCAAGGGUUUACAUGACACUACAAGAAUAAACUAUUACAAAGGUUAUUUGAGUCAACUAAAGAAAGCUGUUGAUGAUGGAGCAAAUGUUGUUGGAUACUAUGCAUGGUCAUUGCUUGAUAACUUUGAAUGGAGAUUAGGGUACACAUCAAGGUUUGGUAUUGUCUAUGUUGACUUCAAAACUCUCAAGAGAUACCCUAAGAUGUCAGCUUAUUGGUUCAAGCAGCUACUUACCAAAAAGAAGUAAAUAGAUGAGAUCAAAAUCUGUUUACUAUGUUUGUAGUGAAUCAUGUUUUUGCUAAGAAAUAGCCUAUCUUUGGUUUUCUACAAGUGUAAUCAUGUGACUUGAUUAGUGCAAGUCUUGGAAUAAAGUGAUUUUUUAAAUAAAUCAUCAUGAGUUUGAUUCAAAAAUA